UACAGGAGAAAACUGUAAGAAGUGGAAAACACUGAGAGGAGGAGCAACACUGAAAGAGGAAAGCAGCAACGUCACAUUUCCUGGUAUGAAAGUGAAGGUUUGUCUGAGAGACAGCAGAGCUGCAGUCGAGACAAGCCUCUGUGUUUCUCUCUAAAGAAACAUUCAACUGAAUCCAGCAGCUUUUUAUCAACAACACAGCAGAAUCUCUGCCAAACACUGAGUGUAGAUAUGUCUGCUGCCAGCUGUCUGCUGACUGAAGAUCAGUUUCUGUGCUCCAUCUGUCUGAAUGUGUUCACUGAUCCAGUCAGCACACCAUGUGGACACAACUUCUGCAAAACCUGCAUCACUAAACACUGGGGUGUUAAUGCCCGGUGUCGGUGUCCCAACUGUCAAAAGGUUUUCUCCACUAGACCUGAGCUGCAGGUCAAUACUUUCAUCUCUGAGGUGGCUGCUCAGUUCAGACAGUCAGCUCAACAGAAAGCCAGCAGCAUCAGCUCAGAGCAACAAGCUGCCAAACCAGGUGAAGUUCCCUGUGACCUCUGCACUGGAACCAAACUGAAGGCCCUGAAGUCCUGCCUGGUGUGUCUAGCCUCCUACUGUGAGACUCACCUGGAGCCUCAUCUGACAGCUUCACGUCUGAAAAGACAUCCGCUAAUCGACCCUGUGGAGAACCUGGAAGGCAGGAUGUGUACGAAGCACGAUAAACCGCUGGAGCUGUUCUGUAAGACCGACCAGAUGUGUGUCUGCAUGCUCUGCACUGUUUUAGACCACAAGACACAUGAUGUUGUUCAUCUGAAAGAAGGAUAUGAAGGAAAGAAGGCCGAGCUGGGGACGACAGAGGCUGAAAUUCAGCAGAUGAUCCAGAAGAGACGGCUGAGGAUUCAGGAGAUGAAACACUCAGUGGAGUUCAGUAAGAAAGAUGCCGACAGAGAGAUAGCAGAUGGUGUUCAGGUCUUCACCGCUCUGAAGGAGUCUGUUGAGAGAAGCCAGGCCGAGCUCAUCGACACGAUCAAAGAGAAGCAGAGAAAGACAGAGAAACAGGCUAAAGGCUUCAUCAAAGAGCUGGAACAGGAAAUCUCUGAGCUGAAGAAGAGAAGCACUGCUCCACCCACCAAGGACUGGACCAAAGUAAGUGUCCGUCCAUCUUCCUAUGAGGGGACUGUGGUGAGAGCUGUGACUCAGCUGGAAGAGAAGCUCAGUAAACAGAUGAAGAAAGAGAUGAAGAAGCUGUCUGAAGCCGAGCUGAAGAGGGUCCAGCAGCAUGCAGUGGAUGUGACACUUGAUCCUGAUACAGCUCAUCAUUCUCUCAUCCUGUCUGAUGAUGGAAAACAAGUUAAACCUUGUCAUUUAUAUAAGAAUCUCCCAGACAAUCCAGAGAGAUUUGAUAAAGAUUAUAAUGUCUUAGCAAAGGAGAGUUUCUCUUCAGGAAGAUUUUACUACGAGGUUCGGGUUAAAGGGAAGACUAACUGGGCUUUAGGAGUGGCCAGAGAGUCGAUCAACAGGAAGGGAGAAAACACACUGAGCCCUCAGAAUGGCUACUGGACAAUAUCUAAGAUGCUGACUGGUAAGUACUACGCUGCUGCUUUUGACCUUCCAAUCUGUCUCUCUCUGGAGUCUCAGCCUGAGAAGGUGGGGGUGUUAGUGGAUUAUGAGGAGGGUCUGGUCUCCUUUUAUGAUGUUGAUACUGCAGCUCUUAUCUACUCCUUCACUGGCUGCUGCUUCACUGACAAACUCUACCCAUUCUUCCGUCCUUGUUAUAUAAUCUUACGAUCAUUCUUUGCACUUUUUGAUGGUAACUAUGCCCCUCUGGUCAUCUCUCCUGUCAAUCACACUGAUUAGAACAACCAUUUGAGUUUCUUCAGGAAGAUUCACUGUCACUUAAAGGACCAGUGUGUAGGAUCUGGUGGUAUCUAGUGGUGAGGAGAUGCAACCAACUGAAACUAGCCAGCGAUAGCUAUUUAUAGCUAACAAUUUGGCGAUAGAUAACUAUCUAGUUAGCUAGUGUUGGUGACGUAUAUUGUACGAGACCAAAGAUGUAGUUCACUGAACAGUUUCACACUAAACUAAAUGAUACUACGACAAACCUACAACAAAAAGUGACUUUCUUGACUUGAAAAAUUAUCUUUUAAAUUGACAAAUGUGUGUGAUUCAUGCCGCAAAAUAAACAUUAGUCUCUCUCCGUUGCCUACCGUACAUAUUUUUCCUGAAAUAAGGUCCCAUGGGGUCCACCGGAAGGCCAGAGACUUCACCUCUCUAUCUUAGUAAAUGUAUAUUUACUGGUGAUGUAUGGCGUAUACAUCGUUGUUUUUCUGAUUCUGAUCAAUGUCUUUUUUUUUUUAUCCUUUUUUCUGUAAAUGUUUUUAUUUUGAUGUGUGACAUUGCUACUUACUACUAUAAAACACACACUUUACCACACUGAUAUUAUUAUUAUUCUAAUAACUGCAUUACCUGACUGUUAAAUCAUCAGAAAACAAUGUACUCAGAAAUAAGAAGCAUUUGCAUGUUUAAAGUCCUGAGUGCCAAAUUCAAAACCUAUAUUGUCUGAUCAUUGUAUAUAUAAGAAGUGUUGCAUACUAGCACAAAUUAUGAAGAGCAUUUCAUGAAGUAAUUCACAUUUCUUUCCUUUUCUUUUUAAAUAAACAAAAGCAAAAUAUUUUUUUUA